GUUGAAUAUUUGAUCUGUUCGAUCAUCAGUUUGGCGGUCAAUAUUGAAAUGAAAAAGAAGUACAAACCGUUUCCAAAACAUUCCUGUAUAGAAGACUUUCUCUUCAUGAAGAAUCCGUUAUUGUUCGGAGAAAUUAUGUAAAAAUAAAUGUGUGAAUUACGUUUUAUUUUCAUUUACUUCUUAUAUAUGUCACAUGCGAAUGCGAUUCCACAAGAUAUUGCAACAAAUGUCCUUGAUGUAUGAAUGUCAAUCUUGAGAUAUGUGGGUGAUAAUAGGGUUUGCUGUUCUCUUCACGCUUUGCGAAGCAUCAAUCAACGAAUCAGCGCAUGAAGAACUUCGUGACCUUCGGUAUGAUGAUAUGGACAUGGGAAGUCCCGAUUCAUUCGAUUUACAACAGACGGUGAAUGCCAAGGCUGGUCAAGCGAAAAUUGAAAUUGACGCCUCGAGGGUUUCUUCAAGAGAUGAUCAUGGAAGACAACUUGUAUUCUUACCAUUCUUCAGAAAUAAUUACCGCCAAAAUCCAUCGACCUUUCAAAGAAGAACAGGGGACUUCUUGUAUAGGCCUUUGCGAAGACAUUGUUUUUACGCGAGAAAACGUAGGACAAUUUUUUAGAAUCACCAUUAUCAAUCAUUAAGGGUCGGUUCUUCAUGUGACAUUCAAGCUCAUCAUCUGGCUUCCAACAUUUCUAGAAAAUUCGUUAUUCGCAUAGUCGAACGCUAAUGAGAGCAAUUGUCUUCAAUGUGUAAGAAAUUAUUUCUAAAGCCAAGAAAAAACGGAACUGAAAGGAAGACUGAGCUUUCAUGAAUCAGUGAUAUGAAAUUAGUAUGAAAAUUUGAGGGGUUCAGAGCUGAAGUGAACCAAGUCCAUUCAGCCUAGUUUUGAGAUGAAUGGCUUAGAAGUUGUUUAUCUCCAAUUAAUUCAAAAGUAAGAUAGAAAACUGUGUUUUAAUUUUUAAGUAUUCGCUGAAACAAGAUGAGUACAUAAUGUUGAGGUGAAUAAAACCUUGAUAUAACAAAUUUUACACCAAUCUCACCUCAAUAUAAUAAACCUCAGUUUUACGAAUUACUUGUUAUAACGAGUUUUCACUUAUUCCCUCCCGAUUUGUUAUUUCGAGGUUCAAUAAUUUUCCUCAGUUGAAUAUUAGUUCCCUUUCUUAUUUAUAAUUAAUAUCAAUAUAUUCAUUAAUAUGUACAUAAAUUACCAUU